UUUAAUUAAAGGACUACAAUGUCUGUUGCAAGAGAGUUCAAGCUUAGAGAGCUAGCGUCAAACCCUAUCACACACUUCCAACCUAGGGCAACAACCCCAGGACCACAAAGAAGAGGAGAGUUCAAGGCAAUGGGAGAGAUCAAAGAUUUCAGGUUUUUGUAUGAAGCCCAAGCAGACCACGUCAGAAUGACAGACACGUUCAGAUCCUCUGUGAUUCCAGGAGAGCAAAGAGAUUUAUCCUCAACUCCAGUUAAAAGAAAUAAUAUCUUCCAUGAGAAUCAAGAAUCUGAAAUCCCAGCAGUAAAAUCAGUUAAAAGGGAGCGCUGCAAAUCAGCUGUCUUCACUACACCUUCAGGAGGCUUUGAGAAGAAGUCAAAGAACUUCCAAGAUAUCAUGAAUGAAGGCCAACAAAGAUUACGCACUAAUCCAACUUUCUCCUCUUCAGUAAUGCCAAUAGGACUUUCCGACGUGAAUCAUGCAACUUCCAAUGGGAAUAAGUGGAAGCUUCAGAAAGAAGACAUCAUUCCUGAGAAGCCUGGAAAUAUGCACAAGAAGAAGUCUGACAUGCACAAAAUGUAUUUCGGUCUGAAGGACACCCCAUUCCAAAGAUAUUUCAAGGAGCAUUAUGGAGAUAAGCACAAAGCUCCGACUCGUGAUAAUUGUAAGAGCCAACAUAGCAUUGGGCAAACCGUUGGCUUCAACACUCAUGCCAAUAAAUAAAGAUGUCUACAAAGAUCUCAAUGCCACUGCCAGAAGAGCUAAGGAGCUAGAUUCAUGCCUAUGGGCUGAGAGUGAUGGGAAGUAUAAAUCAUUUACCGACAAAGAUAUGGCCAAGAAGACAUCAACUACUCUUUCAGCCACUACUAAUUGGGAAUCCAAAGAAGCACCUAGAAAUUAUAACAACCAGGAUAGAGUAGUUAAUGAUAAAAGAGUAACUCAAGACUACCUGGCUAGUCAGGCUCUCCCUUUGAGCACUUAUGAAGCUCCACAAAAACCAAAAUAUGAAGAAACUUCUCAAGACGAUAGAAGAAAAUUAUUUGACUCCAAAUAAGUUCCACAAAAAGCAAAGGACAAUGGUUUCAAAUACAAACUGGAAUGAUGCUAGAACAGAAGGCUUACUAAACAAUGGAGGAUAUGAGAAGAAGGAUUUCAUCAGCCUACUCAACCAGAGUGCAUUACAAAGAGACCCAGCAAAUCAUAAAUUCACCAAAAGUAUAGAUUCUGGAAUGAACCUCAGCUCUCUCAAGAGGCAGGAAAAUCUUGCAAGCAACUUGGGAUCUUCAGAUAUGUAUAAAGAUUAUCUAAAAAGAAAGCUAAAUGAGCAACAAAAUUCUGCAUCUAAGGGAAGAGUAGCUUCAAUAGACCAGUUUAGCCAUAAAGAGCUUACUCAGAAGUAUCUUGAAGGACAAGAAGAUAGGUACCUGUUCAAUGCAAGUAAGCCAUCUGCUACAAAGAGAUCUAAGACUGAUGUACAUACUCUAAAUCUUCACAACAUUCCUGAAGGGGUAGAUAAGGAUAAUCUCAAAAGCACUCUCGGGAAUCUCCAUUUAGUCUCACUCGACAUAAAUACUGAUCAUCUCAGAAAUGUUAGCACUGGAGAAGGCCGCAUUAUAUUCAGAAGUAAUACGGAAAAGGAGAAAGAAAAGGUCGAGAAUGCUCUAAAAGGCCUUGGCAUAAAAACUACUGACUAUAAGCUUAAGAACAAGGUGAAGACUUCCAGAAUAGGUACUUCCCAGAUAGGAAUAUUGGACUCCAGGAAUGAGAUUGACUGCUCUAAAGGUCAAAGAACAAUGAAAAUCGAACAUAAAAACGAGAAAAACUUGAAAAAGAACAAAUCUGCAGCCAAAGUCACUGGAAAAGUGGGUGAAAAUCUCUACAUUAAGCCAAAGGAUUACCUUAAGAACUACAAAAAUGAAUCCAGAACAAAAAGGACAACAUUCUACCAGAGCUGUAGUGACCUCUUAGGUAACACAAACGGAGAUUAUGCUAAGACCCACUCUGAAAGAGUAAAGAGUGAUAGAAAGAAGCUAGACAACACUCUGAGGAACACUCAGCUGCAGAACCAACUUAUCCAAGAUUGGACCCAGAUGCAAAAGUUUGAUAAAUACGCUAAGAGUAGAGCUCUCGGAUCUACUACAACAAGAUAUGGUACUGUCCAUAAAUAUUAAGGUUUGCCCAAUUAAAAUAA